AUGACAGGAGAGAACUUCGCUUCGAACCCGAGUUUCGCUAACGACACAUCCAAUGCCUACUUCGAACAUGCCUCUGGCAUUCGCGUGGACACUAAUGCGGUUGUCAUGGAAGCGAUCCGCCGCGAGUACCCUCAACUGCAUCUGACUGUCAUCCCCGUGAAUUCAUGCAACCUUUUAGCGUUCGCUGCUUCUGGAAGAGCUGCUGCUGCUCCAAUCGACAAGGAAAACGACCGCUUGUAUGUUCGGGACUUCGCGCCACCGGCAAGGCGUCUCACCGGAGAAAAUGGUCGUCUUGUAGACAGCGUCAAGUUUGGUAAAUUCCUGAUUGAGUGGGAGGGCAAGGAGUACGUCGUCUACAUUGCCGAGGGUCGCGAUGGCCAAGGAUACUAUCCGAUCGUGCGCAACCAGUACGUGUUGUCGUCUUCAGUCCACGCCAGCGAAAAGCUUCUGCUUGAGGCCGGUCGAUUCACCAACAGUGUGGAAGGAGCGGUGCUUGUCUUUGAUCAAGGCUAUUGGCAGAAGAACCACGAGCUGUGGGAGAGUAUCCAAGAAGCAGAAUGGAGCAAUGUCAUUCUUGAUGAAGGCAUGAAACACGACUUAAUCAAAGAUGUCGACAACUUCUUCGAUGGCCAGGACACAUACCAAAAGCUCAAGGUGCCCUGGAAGCGCGGUGUCAUUUACUAUGGCCCUCCAGGCAAUGGCAAGACGAUCAGUAUCAAAGCUCUGAUGCACUCGCUCUACAAACGUAAGGACCCAGUUCCUACUCUUUACGUCAAGUCACUCGUUAGUUACGGGGGUCCUGAGUACUCUCUCUCAAUGAUCUUUGGACAAGCUCGGCGCUAUGCUCCAUGCUUCCUCAUAUUCGAGGAUCUCGACACCAUUAUCACAGAACAGACACGCUCGUACUUCCUAAACGAGGUUGAUGGCUUGCGCUCGAACGAUGGCAUCUUUAUGGUUGGAUCCACGAACCACCUUGAUCGCCUGGAUCCCGGCAUUUCUAAGCGCCCCUCUCGCUUUGAUCGGAAAUAUCUCUUUCCAAAUCCGGACCACGAGCAGCGUGUCAUGUACGCCCACUUCUGGCAAGGAAAACUAAAGGACAACAAGGACAUAGAGUUCCCAGACAAGCUCUGUGAGGCAGUAGGCAGUAUCACAGAUGGUUUCUCCUUUGCAUACAUGCAAGAGGCUUUUGUGGCAUCUCUGCUAGCUCUUGCACUCCGCGACAAGGAAGAGGGACAUCAUGAUGCUGAUCUGGACAAGCUUCCUUUGUGGCAACAGCUCAAAAAACAGAUCAAGAUUCUCAGAGACGAACUUAACCAAGACCCAGGAGAGGCAUUGGCAGCACUCAAGGUCUAG